GCAGCAUGGUGAAGGAGAACCCAGCGUGGAUAAACAACAACAACGAGUGUUUCUGGCUUUAAACAGUUAUUUGUUUUUAACUGCUACCUGUCGUUCGAGGUUUGACCAUCUCUGAACCGGAUUAGUCGAAGGAAAGCGGCAGAGAUCCCGUUACAACAUGCCUCAUCGAAAGAAGAAGUCGUUCAUCGAAAAGAAGAAGGCCGUGACCUUUCACCUCGUCCACAGGAGUCAGAGGGACCCGCUGGCUGCAGAUGAGAAAGCCCCACAGCAUGUCCUCCUGCCUGCCACAAAGGAAACAGAGAAGCGGCGCGAGGAGCAGAGGGAGUUUGGUGUUUUCUUCGAUGAUAACUACAACUACCUGCAGCACCUGAAGGAGGCGUCUGCCACGGCCGAGCUGGUGGCGGACGCACCGUCACACGUCGACAGGCGACCGGUUCAUCUCCACGAUGAAGACGAGGAGAACUCGGAGGAGGUUGACAAGGUCGCUCCUGUACAGGCCGCUUCCAUCAACCUGCCGUCUUCGGUGUUCGCCUCCGAGUUUGAAGAGGAGGUGGGACUCCUGAACAAAGCUGCUCCUAUCUCCGGACCACGUCUGGACUUGGACCCCGACAUCGUGGCCGCUCUGGACGAAGACUUUGACUACGACGACCCCGACAACCUCCUGGACGACGACUUCAUCAGCAAAGCAAACAUUGCGAGCGGAGCAGCGAAGAAAGAAGGUGACGGAGAUGAUGAUGAUGAUGAUGAGUGGGAGGACACAGACGAGGAAGGAGACUUUGACUCUGAAGGUGGGUUUUCCGGAGACGAGGAAUUGGAAGGCCGACCUCGAGAGUUUAUGUUUAUGGACGAGGAGACGAAGAGUCGCUUCACAGAGUACUCGAUGACGUCGUCGGUGAUGAGGAGGAACGAGCAGCUCAGCCUGCUGGACGACCGCUUCGAAAAGUUUUACGAACAGUUUGAUGACGACGAGAUCGGCGCUCUGGACAACGCCGAGCUGGAGGGCUUCAUCCAGCCCGACAGCGCUCGCCUGGAAGAAGUGAUCAAAGACUACUUCGUACAGAAAGGGAAAGAAUACUUAAGACCCGACGACUUGGGUCCAAAAGAACUUCCUGUCCUGAAGGAGGAGGAUGAAGACAGCGAUGAGGAGGAUGAAGACAGCGAUGAGGAGGAAGAGAUGGAAAAAAUUGUAAUCAAGGCUCCAGAUGAGAAGUGGGACUGUGAAACCAUCAUCAGUACAUAUUCCAACAUAUAUAACAGACCCAAAGUCAUUCAGGACCCACCAAAGACGAAGCCGAUCCGUGUGUCCCAGAAGACGGGCAUCCCUCUGGACGUCCUUCCUUCCAAAGGCCUCACCGCCAAACAGGCCGAGCGCAUGAUGAUGAUCAACGACUCGGACCUGCCGCGAGUCUCCACGCAGCACCGAGACAAAGAGGAGAGCAAAGAGGAGAGGAGGGCGAGGAAACAAGCCAUCAGGGAAGAACGCAAGGACCGGAGAGUGGAGAAGAAAGCCAACAAGAUGGCGUUCAGGGAAGAGAAAGUCCGACAGGAGAAGCAGAUGGUGAACCAGAGGACGAUCGUUCAGGGUCUGAAGCUUUAGCGGUGAGCUGGCGUCACUCCGCCCGCACACAGACUGACAUUCAGCCGUUGGUGGCGUCAUCGGUGGACACACGGCUCUACACUUCAGUGGAGCUGUCAGACGAGCCCAAACAAGAGGAGGGACGCGGUGCUGAGAGGCUCCAGUUUCCUCAAAUCACCAGCAGAUGAAGUUGAUUUGUCUCAGCCUUAAAUAUAAGGAGUGAACUUUACUACAGUAAAGCAGCUCAGGUCAUCAUGUUACAGCAGGCUGACUCUAGAGGUGUUCCGAUACCACAUUCAGAGACUCACUACCUGAUGUACUAAACAUCUGUGGAUAAACAAUCUCAUUCAACCUAUUUUUUUUUUCCCCUGAUAAUUCUACAUUGUGAACAACAAGUCGGAGCUGAUUAUGAUGCCUUCAUGCUCUACUCAGUAAAAAUGAAUGUUGUGUGAAGGUAAAUUACAACCGUAUCAUGAUGUGUUCAAAUGUAAUUCUGUAAAAUGCUGUUUUUGAUCAGGAAUUUAAAUAAACAGACAUUUUCACAACAACAUAAAAUAGAUAUAAAAGAGUAAAUUAUAACGUGUGUAACUUUCUAAUAAUCGCCCUAAGCAGCUUAUUAUACUUAAAUUUACAUUAUUUUAUUUUUUUAUCAAAGCAAAUACUUAAACUUCAGUAUGUACACACCGGUAUCGGAACAUCUCUAGUUAUAAACCAGGAAUACUAAAGGCAGGCUGAUGAGUUGGAGAAUUGAAAACUGGUUUUGAACGUCAUCAUAUUUGUUAUCUUGUUCCUCUGUUCAGAUCCUAUUAAAACAUUUGUGAAAUAGUCUUCCUUGCAGAGAGUUAGACGAGAAGAUUGACGCCACUCGUGUCUGUACAUUAACAGUAAACACGGUUCCUCUAAAGCUCACUAGUAACGCAGUACAUCUAAUUGUUUUAAUCGUUUAAAGCAGAAGUGUAAAAACAACAAACCGCCAUGUUAACGGGGGUUUAGAAAACAAGAAACGAGACACAGUCCGACACAGCCUUCAUAAAAUGAAUAAAAAAAACAGGAUUAAUGUUUUAAUACAUGAGCUUUAGAGAUGAUAUUAGGCAGAUUUAGUUUCUCUUAUUUGUGCUAAAAUGAGUUAACUGCUGACAUAGAUUCAUAUUUAUAAGAGUGGCAUCAGUCUUCUCGUCUGGCUCUCUGUAGGAAAGCCUAUUUUCAAAAAUUUGAAAAUAAAAAGUAUGAAAUAAGAUAUUUCUAUUCCUUAAAAGAUAUUCAAACGUUUUGGUUUUGUGCCAAAUCUCCACCAUCCUAUCAAAAGAUUUAUAUCGAUGCCCUUUAAACACUUCAUGUUUGGAGUUCACGAAAUAAAAAAAUCAAUAUUGUUUAUGUCUUUAUUAAAAACAUGAAAUGCAAUCUUUUUGUGAUUAUCAUAUUGAUCUGAUCAAGCCGCACUUUCCCCCACAGGUGACAUCAGAUCAGAAAAAACCUGUCGAUCAUUCCCUCUCUGGGAACGAGUUAAGAAAUUUAAAUACAUUCAAAUCACAGAAGAGCAACGUUCAUGGUUAGAAACGUUAGUCUUCAGCGUUUAACCCUCAAACAAAUUAUUGCAAAAAUCUGUAUUUACAGCAACUCUAUAAAAAAAAAGAUGUUUCACACACGUAAAAUGUAUAUAACAUUAAAAACCCUGCAGUGACCCUGAAGUAAACAAACCUAACCCUCUGGAUGCAUUGGAAAGGAAAACCACCGACAGAGCCCGUUCUGCAGGUUGCCCAGCAGCAGACGGGUCACACAGUGAUGACUGUGUGAUGAGGUGUGAUGAGGUGUGAUGAGGUGUGAUGAGGUGUGGCACUGUGUACAAGGCUCAAAAGGUAUUCAUGGCACCUGAUCUGCCUGCGGGGCGGAAAGUCCACAAUGUACGACACGCUCGGUUUUACUAACAUUUAAAACAAAACCCUUAAAGAGUCUUUCACCCAAAUGCCAGAAAAAAAACCAUGUUCUUAUGUCCUAGUGGGAUGAUGUUUGUUGAGCACAAUAGAUUCUUUUUAAAAGAAUCAACAUCUAUUUGCAUAAAUACAUUUCCAGGUUUGCUCUGGACAAACCACAGACUUU